AUGGCGACGAUGACGGCGCUGGCUGUCGCCGCUGCUGUCGGCCUGCUCUGUCACUGGCAGCUCUUCAGUCGCGGCGAGUGGGAGAAACAUACGCCCGCCGUCGCUGCUGUCUACUUCAUCGCGGCCGUGGGCUUGCUCGCCGGUCUACUUCUGCGGCUGUCUCUCUACGACUCGCUCGCGACGCUGGCAGCGCUCUCGUCUUCGCAUCUCGCGGCCCUGUUCGCCAGCAUCUGCCUCUACCGGCUCUGUUUCCAUGCGCUGAAGCAGUUUCCAGGGCCCGUCGUUGCCAAACUGUCGGGCUUUUGGUCUGUUGGAUGCGCGCUGCCACAGUUCAAGUUCCACGAAGCCGUCCAGGGCCUUCACCGAGAACACGGCGACUUUGUCCGUAUCAGACCGCGUGAGAUCUCGGUCAACAAUGUCGCUGCCGUGCGUGAUAUCCAUGGCUUCGGCUCAGUGUGUCUCAAGGGACCCUUCUACGAUCUCAACUAUCCGUCCAGGUCUCUGCAGAUGACGCGAGACAAGGCCUUUCAUACGAAGAGACGGCGCACCUGGGACCGCGGGUUCAGUCCAAAAGCACUGAGCGAGUAUGAACCUCGCGUGUUCCAGCACUGCUCAGACUUGGUCAAGCAGCUCUCUAGCCUGGAGGGAACGCCAGUCGACAUUGGCAAGUGGUUCAAGUACUUUGGUUUUGAUGUCAUGGGCGAUCUCAGCUUCGGACGCUCGUUCGACAUGCUCAGGUCCGGCAGCCCUCACUUUCUCUUUGGCAUGAUGGAAGCCGGCAAGCCAGUCGUCGGCACCCUCAUCGGUGUCCCCUGGCUCUUCAUCCUCUUUCAAAAGUUGCCCGGCAUCAGUCGUGUUCGCGCGAACUGGAUCUCCUGGUGCGGCAAGCAGCUGGGCACGACGCGGCUGGACUUGUUCUCCUACAUCCUGGGCAACGAUCUUAAUGAACAGGUCAACGACGGCGAUCUGACUUACGAUGCCGAACUGGCCAUCGUAGCUGGCAGCGAGACGACCGCACUCAACCUCACUACAGUGCUCUACCUGCUCGCCCUGCACCCGCACCAGAAGAAGGCUCUGCAGGCAGAGAUCGACCAGCUGGUACCGACCAUCGACCAGCUCUCGCACCAAAAAUUGGCCGGCAGCCCCGUCCUCGAAGGCUGCAUCAACGAAGCACUGCGCCUAUACCCUCCUGUGCCCAGCGGCGUGCAACGUCUUACCCCACCCCAGGGCGCCAUGAUUGCAGAUAGAUGGAUUCCUGGAGACACGAUCGUCUCGACUCCCACCUACUCCCUCCAUCGCGAUAGCAGAUACUUCGUCCAGCCCGCUAAUUUCAUCCCCGAACGCUGGUCUUCCAAGCCUGACCUGAUCAUCCGGAAGGAUGCAUUCAAUCCCUUUCUGGCAGGCAAAUAUUCCUGCGCCGGACGUCCGCUGGCAAUGAUGGAGAUGCGCAUGCUCCUGGCCAUGGUCGUCAGGCUGUUUGACUUCAACUUCCCAAAGGAGAGUCGCGUGGGCGCUGACAAGCUCUACGACGGCAAGGGCGGGUUCAGAGACUACUUUACGGCAGACGCACCAACCGUUCCCCUGGUUUUCACCAAGCGUUCCCUUGAUAGAGCCAACGGCCUUGACAGAGCGAAUGGCUUUGACCGAGCCAAUGGUCUUGAUCGAGCCAAUAGAGCUUGA